AUUUCAUGAUGUCCCGACCCCGAACGCCAGCAACAAGUGCUUACUCUCACGACUGUUGUAAAUAUAGAAACUCAGAAUAAGCGUCACUGAAAUGCAUUCAUCAAAGACAGGAAAUGCACAAAGGAAUGAGAAGGCAACUUUGAAGUGUUCACUUGACAUGGCUUUGUCCGAGCGGCCACUCACAAUUGGUUGCUGUCAACCACCUAAAACAGUGAGUCCCCACUUAGAGCUGAGAGAUUCUGUAAACAAUCCAACGCCUCAUCCUCCAUCCAUGACUGAUGAGAUAAACUACGAAGGUCAAGGAGCAUCUCCUGGACGUCCGAAGCCCAGGCGACUGAGCUCUGCUUGGUCCGACAGCUCACCCUUAAAACCAGAACAGAACUACAAGUAUACUUUAAUACCGGAACGCGGCCAGAGGAAACGAUCAGGCCACAGCUCGGGAGGUAGCACCGAUGAGGGAGCCUUAAGCAUUAUUGACAAGGAAGACUUGCUGGAUACUAUUUUCAUUUCGUGUGACACUGAAGGAUGUGGGCGUGUGCCUGUUUCAAGAGUCAUACAACACAUACAGAUGAUUGUUAAUUCAAAUGAGACUAAUAAUAUAGAUGAGCUUGCACUGCAGUUGGACCCUUCGGGACUGGACAUUGAAAUUGACCUGGCUACGUACCAGAAUGGAAUUGCACGCUGGAUCAAGAACGUGCAGAAUCAGAGACAUCUUGAGAUGAGUGCCAUCAUGGAGGAUAGAAUGCUCUCUUCUCCUGGAGGUGACGUUGCUCCUCACUGGAAAGCCAAGAGUCUGGAUUUGGAUACCUCUCGCAGCUUUAGAGCAAUGUCCACCCCGCUCAGUAGUACAACUAGAUCUCAUUGGAAAACAAGAAAGUCAGACACGUCUCGUCUGUUAAGUGGUCUGUUAGAUGCUUCGCUUGACUUGUCUGCAUGUAGCUAUGGGAGUCUUGAAGCACAAGGAGGUGACUCACCACCGGAUAUGUCGGAGUUGCAGAAUCAGAUUGAGGAUCUACAGUUCCAGAUUCGUAAACUGAGUGAGCACAAUGGGAAGUUACAGACUCAGAUUGAGACAUCGGAUGAUACCAAUGAUCAGUUGAUGUGCCAGAUUGAGGGUCUCAAAGGAGAACUCAAGAGUUUACAGCAAGCAUGGCAGCGCAGUCAGUCAAUCAGAGAUGAAAAUGAAGAACUGAAAUCAAGCAACAAAGAAUGGCUCAAGAAAUACACCAUCAUGCAAAGAGAGAAUCGCUGUUUGGAUGACAAGUUUGUUAGUUUGCAGUUAGAGGCAAGUAAAAAACAAGAACUAGAGACCAAACUGCAAGAGAUACAAGAACAGCUUAGUAUUAACAUCGCUGAUGCUGAAACCCUGCAGGAAGACCACCGUCGAUUGCAAACAUCCUUACAAAAGAAAAAGCAUCAAUGUGAAGAGACUGAAGCUCACCUUCAGGUCAAGAAUGCUGAGCUGGCUGAGAAAGCCAAGAGAUGUGAAGAGAUGCAAGCAAACCUUGAGGAACUUUACAAUCUCAACCGGGUGAUGAAAGCUGAGAAGACCAAACUGGAAGGUAGACUUUCCGAAGUCUGUCAGGAGUUAGACUCCUAUCGAACCCAGCAGCUUAUAACACCACAGGAAGUCAACAGCAUGUCUCCAUCAUUAUCCCCAAGAAGUGAAUCAGGACUGGGUAGAAGUCUACACUCAGAACUCAAAUCAGUAGUUUCUGCAGAUGAAAACCUGCCCUCCCCAAUCUGCGGCAACGAGGAUUUUGAUUUUGAAAGUCACAUCGAUAGUGCUAGCUCAUCCACCGCCAACACUCCCGACACGCCAUCAUCGUCAUGGCAACAGCCCUCCUCUACAAACCAACUCCUGGUUCAUUUCCGACGACGGAAAGACGAUGUGAUGAGGCAGCUGCAGAGCUUCCUGGUCGAGGAGGAUCAAAACAACGAUAAUGGAGAAGAGGGAUCGUCUUCCAAGCAGGAUAACUUUACAAAACUUCUUGAAACGGAACUUGACUCAAUGAUGGACAAAAUUACAUCUUUAAUGAAAUCAAGGAAAAAUUUUGAACACAGAGCCAACAAGUUGUCCUUCAUGUUGCGGAGUUUGCAAGAUGACUACGUAAGAAUUUCUAAGAAGUAUGAAGAAGCUAUCAAGCACUGUAAGGAGCUAACAUCUACAAAGUGUGAGCUGGAGCGAGUCAAAGCAGAGAGUGAGAUCUUACAGUUUAGUAUCCAGACAGGCAAACAGAGAACACAGGAACUGGAAAGAAAUCUUUCAUCCUGUGAGUUAGACUUGGAAUCAGCUCAUCAAGCCAAUCAGAAAUACCGUCAAAUGGUUGAAACCCAACUAGGGGAACUUAGAAGGUUGUUCAAAGAAAUGGAAAAGAAGUACAAAAUAUCACAAGACAAUGCAAGAAAACAAGAGGCAGCCUACAAGUCUAAAACUGCCCAGCAGGAGUCUAAACACAGUUCACAUGUGAAGGCAAUCUUAGAUCUAGUCCAGAGUAGCUGCAGUAAUGACCAGCUGAAGACCUUGAGCUCUCAGGAGGAACAGGGACUAGCAGUUUAUGAGCAACCACUGAAUAACAGCCAGGUGUUGGAAACGGUGUCUUCCUACCUCACAGAGCUCAAGAACCAGCUUGCUCAGGUCAAAGGUCAGCUCAUCUCCUUGAAAACCAAGAAAUUCUCUCAGGAGCACAGACUGCUUGGAAGUCAUCGACCGGCAACAAAAGAGAAAUCAUCAGCAGUCUUCUCACAGUGCAAAGAGGAUUCCUCUGUCCUCCUAGAUGCCCUUUCAUUAGACCUUGUCGAUGAAGACUUUCAAAGAUCCUCCAGCCCUUUACUCUUCCAGCAUAGAUUACCAUGGCAACAACAUGUCUCCAAGGACGACACCCUUAUCAGUACCCAGAGGGACUCCCCAGAAAUAACAUUCAGUGACCUCAAAAAAGACUUUAAGAAUAAAGCACUUUUAAAAGUAGAGACUGUGUCCACCCAGACGGAGAUCUGUAGAACACCUGAUAGAGAGGUCAAACCGUACUCCAGAAGUUCCCAAGCCCAAACGAGUCCCAGAGGUCCACAGAGUAGGAACACAGAUACUCAAACCGAUCAUUACGGUAGGGACGAGUUUAAGUCGUCGUCGUUCAGGACAGCAGACAGCGCGGACGUGAAACAAGCGUACCUCGUCAGUAAGCAUCCGACGCUCAACUCUGCGAUCCUGCUUCCUGUAGAUGAAGCCAUUUCCCCAGGGGAUAGCGCGUCAGAACUGAGCGAUUCGUUCGUCACGGCGUUCUCGUCGCCAGUCAACUGCUCCCCACUCAGGAGUUCAUUUCGUGAGUCACCAGACUGGGAUCCAUCAGCAGAGUAUCUGGGCUCUCACAGAGAAACAUCAGGGAGUCUUACAUUGCCAAAGGAGUCCACUGAAACCCAAGAAUCUAGCUCCAAGAACGCAGUUAGUUAUUCAGAUAUUAAGAUUCCAUCUGUACAUAGGAAAACUUUGGAGACCCAUCAGGAGGAGGCUCAACAGAGGAUGGAGGAUAUGCUUGGUACAAACUAUGCCAGACCCAAUAUUGUGGUUGAAGGUUGUCAAGAAAAAGCAGAUAUGGCAGACUGUGAAGAUGAAGAUCACAAUGCAAACUAUGACAGAUCUGGCAAGCACAGUCCCUCAACUCCAAGAAAACUCUCCCCUGCUCGUCUCAAACGUCGCUCACUGGUUGAAAAGAGGACCUCUUCAUUAGGUUGUGACAGCAAGAUGGUUGACCUCACCAACAAUCUCCUGGAUGUUGAGAUGACUGAAGAGGAGAAUGAGUUUAGCCUGAAGCUCCUUGAGGACUCAAAGAAGGCGUCCGAUAGAACCAAGACAAGGAGAGGCCGAAGGUGGUCCCCUGUUAACUCGCCUGAUCAGCAUUUACAACGGCCAAGCAGUAGGGAUCGUUCACCAUCACCAACACUCUCUCCAGCUGUUUCAGUCAACGGUGAUGAAGUGGUUACAGAUAAUGCAGUCAAUGCGGACGACCAAACCUCACAAGCUCCACCUGAGAACCAUACAGAAUCCCCUGUAUUUGUAACAGAACCCACAGCAGACACGGUGACAGAAGGGACAAGAGAGACGUGUCCUACAGGGGAGCUACAAGAGGAGAGAACAGGUGGUGAGGGUGAAUCUGAUAAAGAGGAUAACAAACUACAGUCAAAGUCUGAGCGUAAAGACUCUGAGGUUGAAGAGUUUGACAUCAAAGCUGAUAUCUUGAAGGCGACUGGACCAAUCCAGGCUGAAAUGCCACAGGUUGUGAAGCCUGUGUUGCCGCUGGCUAAACUAAGAGAGGAACACAAACUCCAAAGGAAGUCCAACAUGCUCUUCACUAUGCCAGAUUUGACAGAAGCUACUGAGUCAGAACCUCAUCGUGACAGUACCACCCUCUCCACCACUACCUCAUCUAAUCCCACCCCUCUGACAGGAUUGACCGACCCAGAGGAAAGAUUGAAACUAGUAGAGGACUCUACCACUGAUGAUGAUAAGGAGGGGUGUCAGAGUAACGAGGGGCCUACAACUGAUAAUAAGGCACUCUUACCGGAUGCAGUCCUGAAGAAGUUGGGUCUUAAAGUCGGACAUUCCAAAGAAUUGUGUGCACUGACGGAGAAUGAGAUUGAAGAAAAGUUCAAUGCCCUUCAGCUAGCCUUCAAAGCUAACCAGUACACGUUACAGAAACGAGUAACGCUUCAUCACAGACAGAGAGACUUGGCUGAGAAGAACAUCGAUGGAGAGAUAGAAGGAUUGCUACAAACUUUACAAAUGUUGGAGCCUUUGAGCAGCAUAGACACAGUGUCUCGGGAUUACAUCAGUAAGAUAAAGCAGCAUGUGGAGGUCCUACAAUCAUCCUCACUCAGACUGUCAAGCAAGGCAGAGGGCUUUGGGGCUGUCCAGCAGGAGGGACGGCUCAGCAAAGCAACUGAAGUUAUGAUAUCCCACGUUGAAAACCUAAAGAGACUUUUUGAACGAGAACACGCAGAGCUUGAAGAUGCAAAAAAACUUCUUCAAGACAAUCGGAAAAUGUUCAGAGGCAACAGUAUCACCAGCAACAUGUCGGCGGAUGGGGAGACAGAUUCCAGGCUACUAAGCAGAAGGGCUUUAUCUGUAUCAGGAGGAACUGGCAAGUACUCAGUGCGCAUGCGCUCUGCCAGUAUGAGUUCAUCUCCCAAUCACUCGCUGAAGAAUCCACCAGACCGUAAGACUGGAAGGAGGCGUGCAAGUGUGGCAACGGUUGUUGGGGCAGGAUUGCUAAGCUCAUCAUACGGGUCACCACAGUCUCGGCUGGCUGGGGCAGUGAGGAGGACGUCAGUUCAGCUUAGCAGUUCUCUCAAUACUGAAGAUUUCAAGGAGGCCAAGGCGAGGUUAACGGGCAGUUUAAGCACAGGUUCCUCUAACGGCAGACACUCUCCCUUAUUGAGAACAGAUAGCUCUGUUGUUAUCAAGAGACGGUCCAGUGAUGACGGACCUCAAGUUCACCCAUUGCUGGAUGGAAUGAAAUCAGCACCUCUGGCGAGUCCAACAAGUCCGUCGACCAGUCCAUCCAGACGACAUGCUGUCUCACUCCCAUCUACACCCAUGGUAUCAUCAUCAGCAUUCCCUAAGGUUAUCGAUACUGAUACAUCUCGUAAGGAGCUCACCAAGGUAGAUGGAGCAGAACUUAACAGUGAGAAGAAGGAGGAAGUCUUUCAGAAGGGAUUUGAGCAAGGUCUGAGAACUCAGGUGUCUCAGGAGUUUAGUGAUUUACGAGAGCAGCAGAAGGUAUUCUGUGAUAGUCUAGAAGAUCUGAUUGAUCAGGCUGAAGAACAAGACAAGGAAGAGACCAAUAUAAAGCAAAAUAGUCUGCUAAGUGGCUACAAGAUCUUGCAGCAUUUACAGAAGAUUAGAAGCCGUUGGCCAAGAGCAGUGCACAUCAGUCGCCUUACUCUAACUGUCUUUGUCUUCUUACUUGCCGUGACCUACGUUAUCAUCACAGUGAUUCCAAUGGAAGCCUGUCAAGGCACCAACUCAGUUAUGUAUUCACCUUGGCGGACAUUGAAGGAACUACUGUGGCCGUACACAGAACUAAGACACAGUAACCCUCCGCCAAGAUAGGAAAACAAUACUACCUCAUGUACCAUUCAAAGCUUUUUAUGGGAGAUUAGUAUCCCCCAGCCCGCCCUGAGCCCCUAAUAAGACAAAUUAAUACUAGGUACAUUUUUUUGAAAGGAAAGCUAGUGCCUUUUGCCAAUAUGUGUGUCCAUGACCAAAGUGAAGCUGUUGUGUAUACUAGUCCGCAGUUACUGGAGAAAUGGCAUAAGCAAUUAAUGUGCAAAACUUUGUUUCAAAAAGUUUUGAUCAGUUGUCUGCCAUUCAUUAGUCAUCAUAGGAAAUUUACAUUCUGCAUUGAAUGGGAAAACAUCUCAUUGGGGUACUUCUAGCAACAAAAAUGUAACAGGAGUACCACUUUUUGUGUCGGGAGCCAUUUUAUUCCUUACAGACUUUUGUCACUGGAAACAAGUACUUUGUGUGCCUGGAAGAAGGGCGUAGAUUCUUACGUCCUUCUUCCAGGCACACAAGGAGUUGUAAUUGAAAUUGCAUAUCAGGCGUGACAGGCUAUUUGUAAUUUGGAUGGAUUCAUAAUUGGAAACCUGGGAAUAACGGCGACAGUUUCAAUCAGGAUUCUGUUUAAAAGUCUCACAAAAAUAUUACCAAACUUGUUGAUUUAUUAUAAAUAAAAUUAUUUGCAAUGCAUCUAAUGAGAUGAAAACAAUGUUAAAGAACUUUGUGGUGUAAAUUAUAUAAAUUAUAUUUUACAAUUGCGGAGGUAAUUGUUUAAAAAUGUGCCUUGUGAUCUAGAAGAAGUAGAUACUAAUUUAAAAUGUUUGGUUACAUUUGACGGACUGGUCGGCCGUCUGUGCUUAUUUGGGGGCUAGUAUUAUGAAUAAACCUCUUCUCUUUGAGAUCAUUUUCAAAGAAAAGACCAAGGGGUAUAUUACGCCAAGUAUUUUAAACAAGAUGCAGGUUUCAUUGAGUGUUUGGUUCUAAGAUAACCAGAGGUUAACUCAAAAUGUCCAUUGCUUCUGUGAGUUUGUGGUUCUAAGAAGAAUUAGAGGUUUACUCAAAAUGUAGUAAAGUGUUUGGUUCUAAAAAGAAUCAGAGGUUUACUCAAAAUGUCACAAUAUAAUGAUUCUCUUGUUUGGUUCUGAGAAAUUUUAAACGUUAUGCUCCAUGAGAUCCACACACUCACUGGAAAGUUUCAGUACUCAGUGUCAAUGCAAAUAAGAUUUUCUUGUACCUCCAAACCUUCAAAUAAGUCUUUAAGUAUUUUACAGAAGAAAACACACAUCCCAUCAAGCAACUGUGUUGCAACUAUUGCCAUUUUAUUUAAAGAGUACAGCUUCGGCUCAAAGGGUAUUUACUGCAGAGAAAUUUUUCUGAACCUGAAUAUUUUCCUUAUAGCUGUUGAAACGUUUGAUUACAUGGAGCUGAAGUUCGUUUAUGAGAUAUUUAUUUCAUUCUUGGGAAUUGUAAGCUUAUUAUUUCUUUUUUCUUUUAAAUUAGAAAUUUAUCUAACAAAAUCCUCUUUUCAGAGAGGAUUUUUCCAGUAUUUUUUUUUUACAAGUUCAAAAAUUCUAGCAAUGCUUGAACAUUCAUAAAAUGUAAUAAAAAAUGGCUGGUCCAAGAUUUAAAACAGUAAUGCAUUAUCUGUUUACAUGGAACAAGUUGGUAAAACCAUAUUGUCUCAUCAAAAUAAAUUAGUUAUUUGUGGUUUUUGUUGAAUAUAUAAUUUUUCACUAGACACUACAUUUGCAUGUGGUUUGAAAUAUGAAGGUUUCGUUGGAUUUUGGUUGAAAAUUCAUUUAUUUAUAAAUUAAUUCUAUCUAAUUAUCUUCUAUCAUCCACACAAGGAUGCAAAAGUUAAUGCCUUCCAUUUUUAUGAUUUAAAAACAAAACAGAAAUCUUCCAAACAACAUUGACCCCCCCCCCCUGAUUUUGUAGUUAAAUGUGAAAACAAAUUCCAUCAAUAAUUAAACACUCAAAUUUCAUUCAUCAAUACAACUUCUUGAUUUAAUUGUAGAAACAAUAAUCAAAUUAACAGCAGGGCCGAAUUUCAAAUAAAAAUAAUUAAUCAAAUAGCCCAUCACCAUAGUCGAGACUGGAAUGGUCUUUUAGUAUAUUCAGCAAAAGUAUUUAUUUACAUAACCCUCAUACAGGAAACAAUACCACAAACCACUGUGUAAUAGAGAGCUCGGUAGUUCCAAUAAUGUGCCUUAGAAGUGUAUUAUAAUAAUACGGAAAUGUUAAUAUUUGCUAUUAUAUUUAUUUUUUCUUAAAGAUUCUGAAAAAAACUUAAGAAAAUUGUUGGGAUUGAUUGAUGAACUAAUAUAAUUUAUUGAAACUAACUGUUAAUUAACAUUAAUUUAAAAAUUGUUAACAAUGAACGUCUUUAAACUGUUGAACAGUCAACUGAUUAAAAUUCUGAGAUGAAAUGAGA